AGCAGCGAACGGAAAAUGGAGCGACGUCCUUUUCUUAGGGCAUUGUCCGUGGCUUGUAUUGACUGGCUUUCCGACCCUCUGGGAAAUUUCUGGAAGGGAGCUGCCUGAGCAGAUGAAGGGAGAGCGGGAAAGAAGCCCAGGAAGCCGAUGCUCCCACGCCCGGCGCUCUGCAGCUGUAGGAGCGCGGGUCAGCCCAGCCAGAUGGCGCUGUCUGGCUUUCUCUGGGCCUCCCGCUCCAGUCCCUAGAGGUCCCAGCCGCAGCGGCCCCUCUAGCCGACCGGCUCAGGCUCUGUGGUUCCGGGCGGAAGUGAGGCGCCGAGCGGAACGGCCUCUGGUGACAUUUUCUCCGGGCGGUUCGGACGAGUGAAGGGACUUGGCGGUGGAGGCUGCGGAGGCGGUGAGAUUCGCUUUGGCCCCGGUGGGGCUCUGACCGCGACCCCCUGCUCGCCGCUGGGGCUUGUGCCGAGGAAGAGAAGGCGGCGGUGGCCGUGACGUUCAGAGUCGCCGCGGCCCGGAGAGACCCGGCCCGGGGGGGUCGGUGUGUGCCCCGACGGGGCGCGCGGAGCGGGCGAGGAGGUGCGGGGCCGCCGCGGAGCGCAGAAUAGAUGCUCACAGGUUGAAGGAAUGAACGUCUGUACUUGUUCCAGAUUGAACCGCUUGAACAGUUUGUGCUGGAUGUGCUUUUCGUUUCUCGCCUGAGCUUCUGCUUUCUGAAUCCUUCCACCCAGUAGGAUGAAAAACCCACUGAUGAUGAUACUUUGUCAAGGUUGCUUUCCCGUUGCAUCUUUGACGUAGUUUCCUAGACUCUGCUCCAUGAUUUAACUUGAAAGUCUGACAUGAAGAUGGAGGAGGCAGUGGGAAAAGUUGAAGAACUCAUUGAGUCUGAAGUCCCACCAAAAACAUCUGAACAAGAGACAGCUAAGGAGGAAGAUGGAUCUGUAGAACUGGAAUCUCAAGUUCCGAAAGAUGGUGUGGUGGAUUCUACAGUUCUUUCUUCAAUGCCCUGCUUGUUGAUGGAACUGAGAAGGGACUCUUCUGAGUCUCAGUUAGCAUCCACGGAGAGUGACAAGCCGACAACUGGCCGAGUUUAUGAGAGUGACUCCUCUAACCACUGCAUGCUUUCCCCUUCCUCUAGUGGUCACCUGGCCGAUUCAGAUACACUGUCUUCUGCAGAGGAGAAUGAACCCUCCCAGGCAGAAACAGCGGUAGAAGGAGACCCUUCCGGAGUGUCUGGUGCCACAGUUGGGCGCAAGUCUCGCCGGUCCCGAUCUGAAAGUGAAACAUCCACCAUGGCUGCCAAGAAAAACCGGCAAUCCAGUGAUAAACAGAAUGGCCGAGUCGCCAAGGUUAAAGGUCAUCGGAGCCAAAAGCACAAGGAGAGAAUCAGGCUACUGAGGCAGAAACGGGAGGCUGCUGCACGAAAGAAAUACAACUUGUUGCAGGACAGUAGUACCAGUGAUAGUGACCUGACUUGUGACUCAAGCACGAGCUCAUCAGAUGAUGAUGAAGAAGUUUCAGGGAGCAGCAAGACAAUCACUGCAGAGAUACCAGAUGGACCUCCAGUUGUAGCUCAUUAUGAUAUGUCUGACACCAGCUCUGAGCCAGAAGUGGUAAAUGUGGACAAUUUAUUGGCGGCUGCAGUAGUUCAAGAGCACAGUAAUUCUGUAGGAGGCCAGGACACAGGAGCUACCUGGAGGACCAGCGGGCUUCUAGAGGAGCUGAAUGCGGAGGCAGGUCAUUUGGAUCCAGGAUUCCUAGCAAGUGACAAAACAUCUGCUGGCAAUGCACCACUCAAUGAAGAAAUUAAUAUUGCUUCUUCAGAUAGUGAAGUGGAGAUUGUGGGAGUUCAGGAACAUGCAAGGUGUGUUCAUCCUCGAGGAGGUGUGAUUCAGAGUGUUUCUUCAUGGAAGCAUGGCUCUGGCACGCAGUAUGUUAGCACCCGGCAAACACAGUCAUGGACUGCUGUGACUCCCCAGCAGACUUGGGCGUCACCUGCAGAAGUUGUUGACCUUACAUUGGAUGAGGAUAGCAGACGUAAAUACCUACUGUAAUGCAAUGUCACUGUGUUUCCUCUGCACUGUUCCCUUCCACUUACUCCUCCUCCUCUUUGUGACAUGGAAGUUCAUUGUCAUAGCUUCAGCUUCAGAAGCUGUUUGUGGCAUUUGUAUAAUUGAAACUCAUGGAAAAUUGCCCCCUUCCUUCUUUUUUUUUUUUUUUUUAAAUUAAAAGAAGUCAGUUAGGAAAGUAACUUAUCACAGAGAAAAGAAUUUCUUCUUUCCCUCAGUAGGAAUCUGAGAAUGAUGAAUUUUAUUAGACAACUUCAUUUUACUUGGUGACUUUCAAUCUUAGGAAACUGCCUUCCUUUUAGAAUGAUAUUUUAAUUACCAGGUGAAAUGGAUUUCAGUUUUUGAAUCUUGUAUUUAUUUUUCUGUGUAAUAAAAUUAAUAUGUAGACUUGACCACUGUCAGCCCACCCAUUGGCACUCCUACCUUAGGGCAUUUGCACACAUAUUAGUCAGGUCCUUUUUGGCACCUAGUAGGGCAUGUGCAUUGAAAACCUGUCCUUAAAAAUAGAAGACAGAAGUGUUACUUUUCUUUUAGCUUAAGUCUUCUGCCUUCUUUCCUGACUUUGCUCCUGGCUGAAUUCCCACAACACAAAUAAUUGACAUGACCCUGUGUGUUUAUAAAUACUGCUAAGGUGACUUAGUUGAUCUCCUUGUUGCAAUAAUUCAUAACUCUGGAAAAUAUCUCCUUGUGGGGCAGAGGCAUUUCAGAUAGAUAACCCACCAUGAGGUUUGGGCAUCUGAGGAGAGUAUUGAGAGAUCCCUUUUCUCCCCCUGGUUUCUUCAAAUAAUGGGAGAAACAUAGAACCUGUUACUUAGGUAGAAUAUGAAAAGUUGUGUGGCUUCUAAGGCUAUGGGCACUUGAAAAAUCUGAGAGGGCAGUGCCUUCUUCUAUAGCUGGUCUCUCCAUAAAGGAUAUAAUGACAACUGUUUGAUACUUGAGUUGAAGUUGACCUGUUGCUAUAUUUGGGUAUUUUUCUCCUCUACCUUCUAAAAGUGGAAAAUUCAAAAUACAUCAUAAGAAACCAGAUGCAAAACACAUUAAUGGCCCUGUAGGUUUUACAGUAUCUAACAGGAAUAACAAAGGGUAGUAGGAGCAUCAGGGAAUUCAGGAAAUGCCGGUGUUGGAGUUUUGUGGCAUUAGUUACUACCUUUUUUACUAUAACAUUGUAGUUACUAGUGAAUUAUUUUACAAGCAAUACCUAGAAUUAGAACACUAUGUACUGUGCACAGGGAGGAGUGAAGUAAUGCUGGCUUAGAAGACCUCACUUUUUGUUUUUCCACAGUUUUUGUCUGCUUUUUUGUUUGCUUCUGUUUCCAUUUUUACCAUAUAAUGGGGCUCUAGCCCUUUGCCUCCCUUCCCAAAUGCCUUGGUGGCUCUUCCUUAUCAUAAGAGCAUGAGAACUACCAUUUGCAGUUUCCACUCAGCGGACACACAUUUAUACCAAGUGCCUGUUCUGCCUAAGGCGCUGUGGUGGUGCUGUGGGGCUGCUGCAGAGAACAGGACGCCCACCGCACAUGCGUGCGUCCGGCUGCCUGGCUCCGGCUGCCUGGCCUUGUCUCCUGUGUGUGUAAAGACUCGCUUAUUCCUUCACCCUUCUUCCUGCUGCUUUCGUUCGUCCGUACACCUCUUCCAUGGGAGUGUAUUUAAGGAUGUGUUCUUUCACCUUCUCUGAUAACAUCGCAUUUGAUCUGGCCUCUGUUCUUCAUCAACUUUUAAUUUUCCUAUCAUUCUGCUUUUAAUAGAUCAGGCUUUUAAAGAGAUCGUGAAUCUCCGGUUUUAGCACCUCAUGUCUCAAGUCUCUCACGUGGCCACAAUUCUAGACAAAAACCAAAGACCCAGAGGCCAGAGCAAAAUAGGACCUUCUUCAGAUUCACUACUGGUGUAUCCUUGGACCUUCACAUUUUACUUUAGGAUUAAUUUAUUGAAUUUUACUGUUACGCGUUGUUUUUGACUUGAAUUAAAAUGCUAGACAGAGCAGAAAUGUACAAUUUCUGGUCUAUAUUUUCCAGGAAAAUCAUUAGGGAAAGAAUAGAGUGGAUUAUAUGACUUGAAGUUUUUGCAGCUUACUUUCCCCCCCACUAUCAGGGCAGAGCCCCAUUUUAAAGAACAUUCUUGCAUUACCUGUUCUUACGUUAGCAGUAUGUUUUGUCCAAUUCCGUAUAGCAGGGGAUUUCCCAGGACAUAUUUUCUUUAGUCCCUAACAGUCAUCCUCUAAGGAGAAUUCUUUGGGUGUGCUGUGUGCACUGUGGGUUGGGAGCGGAGAGCGGAGUUGUAACCAAGCUCUUUUCUGGCCUUUUGCUUUUAUAUUGGGUUACACUUUGCCCUCACCUGUCCCUUUUCCAGCACCCUGACUAUCUGGCUUGAUGCACCAGAACAAAAAUUAAUAUGCAAAAAGCGGGGAGGGGAAGGGAUGGUAGAGAUAGCUUUUCUCCCUACUAGGUUGGGACUUUUCCACCUACUAACUAACUAUAGAGAGACUAUGUUUCAACUCUUCUUUCAUUGCCAGAUCCAGGAGAGUAGGGAUGUGGUUUCUGGCAAGGUAUUAAUGAUAAAAUUCUGUGGUAAAUUUAAAAUUCUGACAUUUAAAGUUUCUUUUAAGGGGGUCUUUUUUUAACCAAAGUUUUGCAUUUGGUAGCAUAGACACUUUAUGCUUCACCGUCUCUUCAAAGUAAUAUCUCCACUAAAAUGGUACACUUGGGUCGCAGAUUGGUUUAUGGCACUAACUUGGUUAAGUGCCCCCCUUCCCCCAAUUUGAAACCACAGAGCGGUAACUUAGCUAUUGCAUCAGUACAGCAAUAUUGAUACGUAGCUGUUGCUCGCCAGUAGUUGUCUCUUCAUUUUGAUGGAAGGGGCCGGACUGAAUGGACUCCAUUAUUCGUAACAAUUGAGCAUCCCAUAAACUCUGCUUUUAUUAUUAUCAGUUGUGAAUAUGAACCAUCUGAUUUGCUAAUUUAGUCAAUUUUUCAUUGUUACUUUUAGCAGAUUAGCACCAUAGGCAAUUUAAAAAUGCAUUUGUUGCCUGCUUUUUAUACUGUGUCACAAGGUUUUUGAAAAAGCUGGGAACACAGUAUUGUCUUUCAGUUUAAAGGUUUUUUUUUUUAAAGGCAAAGAGCUCCCCUCCAUCCCUGUUUUUCAGUAUGUGUAUGAUGCGACUUCCAUGUAUAUAUAAAAAUGAUUGCGCCCUAACCAAACUUCCUCAGAUUGUGCACUGUUUGUUUAAAAUAAUCACGUAUUUUAGUCCAAUGCUGUUGUAUUUUUUCAUUUUAUUUAAAACACUACGUACUUCUUAUUCUUUUAACAAGUUUUAAAGGGUAGUGAUCUUAAAAAAAAAAAUCACUGGAUAACUAGGAAAUAUUUUUGUUGUUUAAAGAGUACAAAAGUCAUUGAAGCCUUUUGCUCCUCUUACCGUGAAAAUGAAAUGUUAGCCAUUGUAUGGCUAGGAACCAAUGCACUUGGUGGUUAACAGAUCUGCUGUUGCUGGAGUGUGAGCGUGGACUUGAUGCAGUGACGACAAAUCAUUGCUUAGAAUUAAUGUUUUAAAAUGUGUGACUCUAGUUUUUAAAACAAAAUUUGGUUCUUCUUUACAUUCAUUAUUUAGUUUUUGUUUCCAUUUAGUAUUUAAUGGUCUUUGGAGAAAAAAAAAUAAUAAAACAGAGUGUUAUAUAUAUAUUUUUUGGUGCAAGAUAAGAUUUUCUGUUUUUUGAAAUAAGUCUGUAGCAUAAAGGUUAAACUAUUUUAAGACAAAAUAAAAUAGAGUGUAUUUAAACAAAGAUAAUUUCUGAGGAUUUUUUUUUUCUAUCUGCUUCAGUUAAUUAGAUGGUGCCUGGAGCAGCUCCCAAGUUAGCUUUUGGAUGUGAAAGUGAAUUAUAUUUUGUUAUCAGAUCUUAUUGUUAAAGUUGCCUGAUUUUUUCCAAGCAACAGCUGUAUCCUACUCCUAGAAUGUUUUGCAGGUGGCCUUUGGUGUGUUAGAUUUAGAUAAAAAGAGUUUUGCAUUAGCUUUCCUGUAGCCCCCACUUCCCUUUCCAGUUAGAACCAGUGAGAUUUCAAAGCUGGCGAAAGGCUCCCUAGUGCUAGGCCCCUUUGCUCCUGGGAACAAAACUCAGCUGACAGUUACUUCCCAGAGACCAACGUGCCAGGGUAAGAUGCUGUGACUGUGUGCACUUUGCUCGUGGUUGAAGCAAAUACAGGGUGUUUCAAAAAUAGCCCAAAGAACUUUCCUCCUAAUUUGGUUCUAUUUUCAGGUUUUUUAUUUGGUUAUCAAAAUGACAGGAACUACUGCAUUAACAUCUCAUGACUUUUGUAACUUACUUCAUGUAAAGGAGAAUGAGGAACCAGACAGAGUAAAGCCUGUGUUUAUUAAAAUACUCACUCCUGGAUCUCUCUAUGUUCAUCAAAUUUUUAGUCCUACCUGCACUGGAAAGAGAUCUGUUAACAAUUAGGAAGUACACUGUUAACAGUUAGGAAGUGUUUUUAGUUUUUGGAAAUGGUUCUUUUAUGCUACUUUGUAUCUGAGACCUAGACAUGUUAGUGCCUACGAGAAACUUCUUUUCUUGGGCUCUAGAAGAAAAUUUUUUACUUAGGGUCUUGUUUUUGAACCCAUUUGCCCUUGGAUGCUGCUUUUGAAGAAUAGACAAAGCAUGAGUAAGUAAAAUAAUCUGUGGCUAGUACUUAAUCUCAUUCUGGCUUCCUCUUUCUAUUCUUUGCUGGCUUUUGGCCUUGCCUUCCCUUGUUUGUAUGUUUUUCACAGUAGAUGACAGCUAUUUAUAACUUUAGUCCAAACAGAAAAAUUACAUAAAUCUUUACAAAAUAUAUAAACAUCUCUUCAGCUCCAAUUUUGCAAUUGAAGUAAGGUGAAUUUCUUCUAGGUUUAGGUUUUGUUUUAACCAUAUUGCUGAUCUAUGGAGUGAUCCUCCUAGGUCACUGGUAGUUAUGAUUUUCUUUACUUUCUUGACACAGUGUUUGAGAGCACUGAUUUACAGAAUUAGAGAAGUUCCUGGGCUAUACAGUGGAGCUUUGGCUGGGAGAAUAUGCCUGGAGCAAAAGAAGGCAGUGUCAAAUAUUGGAAGGAGCAAUGCGCUCAGAAAAAGAUGCGGGUGAUGGUCAUGAACAUGAUAGUGAUGUGGAAAGAGCAUCCAUUAGCCCAACAGAGGCUGUGACACUGUUGGCUCAGUUCCACUGCCAUUGCACUACUUUGCGGGUAGCAUGCCUUCUAGGUGGAGAUGGCUUUAGGCAAGGAUCCCUUUGUGUGAUGAGGAUUCACCAUUUCUUUCUUUCCUUUCUGCCAAGCCUUGAGAUCCCAUUUGGUAGGUGGAUGUUAGUAAAGGAUGAGAGCGAGUGCUGGCAGUGAAGUCAACCCUCAGAAAGAAGGUGGCGGCAGCAGCUUGUGUGAUCUGCUCAUAGAUCCUGGCCUUCAGGGUGGGAACACCUCUUGGUUGUAAAUUCUGUUGAUCUAACUUCUUAUUCUUUGGUAAAGGAAACUAUUUGGUACCAGUUUUUUCCUUUGUGCUUUGAUAAUUGACACCUUGAAGGAGUCAUUUGUUUCCUUUCCAUGGCUGCUCUGUCCUAAGAGUGGGAGGGUGAAGUGUUGUGGACCACUGAGCCCUCACUCUUGUGCUUGAGUCUAAAGCAGGCAAGUGUGACUUUAGGAUGGAUCUUGGCAUCUGCAACAGGAGGGAAAUCAGACCAGAGGGUAGAGGGACUGAUGUUUAAAAAGCCUGAACCAGAGAGGAGGAGACUCCAGAGAAAGACUAUCUGACCGCUAAGGGAUUUGAUUUCUAUGCCUUAAAAUGGAGAAUUUCUAAGAUUUAUUUUCCGAGACUGAAAGACAGGACUGUGUUAUUUUAGGGAAUAAUUCAUUGUUCUGCAGAGCCGUCGCUUUUCAGGCAGGAAUUGAGGAGAGUGGCUCACUCCAGAAAGCUGUUUAAAGGACUACAGUUCUAUCAUCUCACUUAAGCUUUUGGAAGGCGUUGGAUGACUAACGCCCACAAAACCUUGAAUUUCUACAAAUUCUUUAUUUUCAAAGUUUUAAAAGAAUAUGUAUUUCAAAAUUUUCACAUGGGGGUAAGAAGUGGUACAGAUUGUUAUCCUGAUUUUGCAGAUUGGAAGACUGAGAACAGAAGAAUAACAUAUCCAGAUUUACAUAGCUCGACUUAGCAAGAGUAGAUUUUUUCUAUGGUCCAAAUUAGGACUCUUUAGCUUUAAGAAAGACAAAACCUCUUUUUUCCACCUGUGUUUUCCUUCAUUGUUAUUGCUGCUGAUUCUACUUUGUUCUGGCCUGAGAAGAAUUGGAAGAAGCCUUCCUGAGAAGGUAAUGUUUGAUUGGUUCCCUUUUUUCUUGGGCAAGUGGUCACAGAUUUAAACAUCAGAGCCACACACCUGCAUAUGCCUCUCAACUCAACUCAGGAAUGGCCUUGGAAACUUUUCCCGUAGAUAGAUUCCCUGUCUCAUAGUUUAUGGAACAGGAAAAUGUGGAUGGUCAGUAAACAUAAAAAAGAUGCUCAGGCUCACUACUAAUUAUGGAAAUGCAAACUUACAUUACAGGACACCAUUUCACAUAGGCAGAAUCAGAUAGGAAUACAUUUAAAUACAAUAAGGAGGCAGGACAAUGGCAAUUCACUUGUCUUCUUGUAUGAGCAUAAUUUGCUACAAUUAUUUUGGAAAACAGUGGAAUUGUCUAGUAAAAAGCUGAAUAUGUGUAUACCUCAAGCUAUGGACUGAAGGUUUGGGUCUCCCCUCCCUCCCAUUCAUAUGUUGAAACUCUGCUCCCCAGUGUGAUGUUAUUUGGAGGUAAGGCCCUUGGGAGGUAAUUAAGAGAUCCUAAGGGCAGAGCCCCCAUGAUGGGGUUAGCGCUCUUAUUAGAGGAGGAGGAGACCUCAGCCUUACAUGUAAGACACAGUAAGAAGGCAGCUGUCUGCAAGCCAGAAAGAGGGCUCUCAUCCAAAUCAGACCAUGCUGGCGCCCUGAUCUUGGACUUGCAGCCUCCAGAACUGUGAGGAAAAAAAAAAAAAAAGCCCGUUGUUUAAGCCAUCUACUCUGUAGUAUUUUGUUGUGGCAGCCGGAGCUGACUAAGACACCCAUGACCCAGCAGUUACACUAUCUGGGAUGAUACCCGUGAGCAACUUUUAAACUGUGGUGGUAGCCUAGGUAGGGAAGUCAUGAAAUCAGUUCAGUGUCUGUAAACCAUCUUUUGUUUAUUUAAGGAAAUAUUAACAACAUAGAAAUAACAGGAGACAAUAUUGUUACAUGAAACUUUUGUUAUAUACUGAUAAACAUCUACACACAAACAUAUGUAUGUGUGCAUAGGGUCAAGAUAUAAAAUGUAUUUUAUUUAUUUUUACUGUGGGUUGCAGUAAAAAGAUAUGGAAAGCCCUGGUUCUAGAGAAACUGGUUUACAUGCUCAGAAAUGUUUAGUGUCAUUUUUCCCCAGUUUUUGGCUAUUUCAACAUGGAUGUUCAUCUGUAGGAUGGAUAAACAUUGUGUUUAUAGAAGGUGUAGCCACUGUGAAAAUUAAUGAACUAGAGCAAUAUUUAUACACUUAUAUUAGUUAUAUCAACAUGGAUAAACCUCAACACUGUGGAGUGGAAAAAAAGCAAGUUGCAGAAUCUGUACUACAUGAUGCCAUUUAUAUGAAGUUCAAAAAGACAAAACAAUACUACAUAUUGGUAAAAAAUUGAUACACACAUAAUAAGAGUAUAAAGAAAUGCACGAGAACAAUAACACCAAAUUCAGAGUAAUGUUUGCCUCUGGAGAGGGAGGUAAGGAGGGGACACGGGGACUUCAACUUUACUGGCAAAAUUUCUUAAGCUGGGUAGUGGGGACACAGAUGUAUGUUAUUAUUUGUACCUUUAUGUAUAUCUUAAAUAUUUCAUAAUAAAAAUUGUUCUCUGUCUCAAGCA